CCCACAGCAAACGCAUUUCUACCCGGCGGGACGCCGCCCGCCCUUCUUUAACUGCUUCCCAAGGGGGGAGCAUCCCCUGCCCUCCCCCCGCAGGGGCCGGUGGAGGAGGAGGAGGAGGAGGGGGUAGAUCUCCGAGCCAGCACACGGCGCUGAGUCGCCUCCUUUCUCCGCGCCCCUCCCUCCGGUGGGGGCGGCUCUGAGUGAGGGGCGGGCUCGCCCCAGUCCGAGCCCGGGCUAUCAAUUGACAGGGGUAUUUAUGAAGAACUGGGAUACUCUGGAUGAACAAGGAGUUUGUUCUGCUGACAAAGAUUGUGAAGAUGCUUAUAGAGUUUGUCAGAAACUGGAUAUCCCUUUUCAUCAAGUUUCCUAUGUCAAGGAGUACUGGAAUGAAGUUUUCAGUUACCUUUUAAAUGAGUAUGAAUUGGGAAGAACUCCUAAUCCUGACAUAAUGUGCAACAAGCAUAUCAAAUUCAAUUAUUUUCUCCAUUAUGCUCUGGAUAACCUUGGAGCGAAUGCCAUUGCAACUGGACAUUAUGCAAGGACUUCACUGGAAGAUGAAGAAAUUUUCCAACAGAGACCUAUUAAAAUACCACAAGGGCUUUUCAGAAACCGAUUUGAAGUUAGAAAUGCUGUAAAACUCCUUAAAGGCGCUGACCACUUGAAAGACCAGACCUUCUUCCUCAGUCAGAUUUCACAAGAUGCUUUGAGGAGAACCAUUUUUCCUUUAGGAGGAUUGACAAAAGAUUUUGUAAAGAAGAUAGCAGCAGAACAUGGAUUUCAUCAUGUACUAAAGAGAAAAGAGAGUAUGGGAAUCUGUUUCAUUGGUGAAAGAAAUUUUGAAAACUUCAUUCUUGAGUAUUUAGAACCUCGUCCAGGUAACUUUGUUUCCAUUGAAGAUAACAAGGUGAUGGGAACACACAAAGGUUGUUUCCUGUAUACAGUAGGCCAGAGGGCCAAGCUAAGCGGCCUCAGUGAAGCUUGGUUUGUUGUUGAGAAAGAUACAACCUCAGGAGAUAUCUUUGUGGCACCAUCUACAGAUCACCCUGCACUGUAUAGAGACCUACUGCGGACAAACCGUGUGCACUGGAUUGCAGAGGAACCUCCUGCUGAGCUAAUUAGAGACAAAAUGAUGGAGUGUACUUUCAGGUUUCAGCAUCAGAUGGCACUAGUGCCUUGCACGUUAACUCUAAACCAAGAUGGGACAGUGUGGGUGACACUAGUCAAGCCAAUAAGAGCUCUUACACCAGGGCAAUUUGCUGUGUUCUACAAGGGUGACGAGUGCCUUGGCAGUGGAAAAAUCGUGAGGCUGGGCCCAUCAGUGUACACCUUACAAAAGGGCAAAAGCAGAGAGCAGGAUUCAAGGCAUGUGUUAACAGAGGAGACCAAGAAAUUAGAACCAGCAACGUAACUCUUGCAUUUUUCUUGAUUGAAAGACUUUGGGGAAACUGGAGCCUUAAAAAUAAUGAGCAACACCACACACAAAACACGUAUUCUCUGAGAAACUAUAAUUUUUAAUGGGUGAAUUAUGACAGUCCUGUCAUUGUAUUUGAUGGUACCUGAGAGGGUUUUUGAACAAAAAACAGUUUUGAUAUGGCUUCGUUAAAAUAGGUCAGUAAGAACUUCAAAUAAGUAACAGAAACAUAGUAUAUAAAAAGAUGGGAAUGACUAGAUGAGACGCAUCCUGGCAGUUUCAAGAUCAGCACUUUCAUGUUUUCAGAACUGAGUUAACUGUAAACCAAGUAUUUAAAGUCAGUCUUUCUAAUAUAAAUACACUGUUUAUGUACUACUCUGUUCUAUAAAUUUAUGAAAGUCUCUACACCUUGAAAAAGCUGCUUUUCCUCUUUGUUUCUUGUGCCGUGAUAUCACCCUUGUGGUAGAGAAUCAUUAUUAAUGAAUUUUCAAUAUGUAAUAAAACAAUUAAUUUCCUAAAAUUGCUCUGUUACAGCAUCAGCAUAUAAAAUUAUUUUAAUUUUAAAAAUGCCUGAAACACUAAACUUCUUUUUUAGGCACAACUGAAAGUAUUUUUUAAAAGCUGUCUUUCGUUAAAAUGCAUACAUGAUUUUUGUUAAAUUUGUGUGCAUGUGGACUUUGAGAGAAGGAUGUGUUAUCUCUUCAUGCAAACUGCUGAAGUUGAAUAUAACUGUGAGCAACAGGUAUUUAUUUAUCACUUGCAAUAAAUUUUACAACAUGUAUUUUACACUUGUUUGAAUCUUAUGCUGCUAGUAGUUAUGAUUUAAGUUUUACCAUCAUUCAGAUUUUGAAAUCUAGUGAUUUGAAAGUAAAUGUGUUGAUACAUCUAAUAAUCUCUUAUAAAACUGAGUAAUGGUAUGCCAUUUUACUGUAGUUUAAAUAAUUUUGUAAACUAAUCAGGGCAGGGACUGUGGACUUGGAGUAUAGAGAAUGCAUUGUCGGUGUAAAUAAAACCAAAUUCAUAUUUGCUUGUUUGUUAUAUUAAAGCUUGUUAUACUGGUAACUUUUGGGGAGGGAAGGCUGGCAUUGUGGAAAUAGACUAGAUACUAAAUCAAUGUGGUGUGAUACUAUAUGGGAGGUGUCAGGGUCCCUCCCUCCUCUCCCCCCACUCUGGGCUCCAGAUGUGGGGACCCACAUGAAAGAUCCCCUAAGCUUAUAUUCUACUAGCUUUGGUUAAAACUUCACCCAGUACAAAUUCCUUUCCUUGUCCUUUCACGGUAUUGCUGCCACCACCAAGUGAUUUACACAAAAAUUCAGGAAAGGGUCACUUGGAAUCCCUAUCCCCACAAAAUAUCCCCCCAAGUCCCUUCACCCCCUUUCCUGAGGAGGCUUGAGAAUAAUAUACCAACCAAUUUGCCUUAGCAAUGUGAGCACAGACCAGACCCUUUGUCUUCAGGACACUGAAAUCAAUCAGGUUCUUAAAAGAAGAACUUUAUUUAUAAAGAAAAAAAUAAAAAUCACCUGCAAAAUCAGGCUGGAAGGUAACUUUACAGGGUUAUAAAAAGAUUUAAAACACAGAGGAUUCCCCUUUGGGCUCAGCUUCACAGUUACAAAAACAGAAAUAAAACUACCUCUGUAGUAUAGGAAAAUUCACAAGCCAAAACAAAAGAUAACCUAAUGCAUUUCCUUGCCCUACUUACAAUUUCUGUGCUUUUAGAUGGAUUAUUCCAGGUAUAUUUUCAGGAGAUAUUGUACCUGCUUGGCUUCUCCCUCCAUCCAGAGAGGGAACAACAAACAAAUCCUCCCUGCCCAAGAUUUGAAAGUAUCUUCUUUCCUCAUUGGUCCUUCUGGUCAGGUGCCAGCUAGGUUAUUUGAACUGCUUACCCCCUUAACAGUUAAAGUAAUCCAGUACAGCUGCCAAGGAGGGAUUUUAUGCGACUGCAUACAUAAAGGUUGCUACCUUUCCCCCUAUAUUUAUGACAGGAGGAUAUUAUGAAAUGCGUUUAUUAUUUAAAACAAAAAAACCUCCCAAGACUUUUGAUACUGUGAAUUGGAGUAUGCAUCCUGAAGACCUCCUCAGAUGGCUUUAUAGCUCCUUUAUUACAAGUCUUAACAAAAGCCAAGUCCUGUCGUUAACAUUACUGUAUAAAUUAACUAUCAUUAACACAGCUGCACAGAAGUAAGACUUUUUUUCAAAUGGCUGUAGAAGUCUGAUAGGUGUAGAAUUCUGUCUUUAUUCAGUUAAGGAGAGAGUCUAGAAAGCUGUACCACAAAUAGAUUUCAUCAAAUGUAAAAGUUAAUUACAUGUAACCAUAUUGUCUCCCCUCUCCUACACACACCUCCCUUUCUAUAUCCUGAUUGCCAGUUUAAGAGCUGUUAUUCUCUACUCAGAGUAACAAAGGAACAUAAAGUUCUGUCUUUUUCUCCAAAGAGGGGAGAUAAAUGAACAGAAAACUCGCCUUGUAACUCCUAUUUGCCAGUUUGUAGAUUUGCUGAGGACACUUGUGUGAAGCAAACAAAUUGCCCUUCCUGUAAGAAAUCUGUACCAUUUGUCAGAAAUAUCAGUUGUCCUGUAUGGGGAAAAAAACCCAAAAAAUACAGCCACUUAUGAUCGGUGUGUAAGGCACAUCAGGAUAAGUUCAAUGGGGGAAAGUGUUUUUCUUUGGCUAUCCAGAUAAGAAUGUAUUAUAAGGUUUUCUUUUGAUUUUGUGGCUGUGUUAUUCCUCCUUACAGCUGUUCAUUCCUAUUAUUUUGAUGAUGUUAUUCCAGUAAUGAAUCCAGGUAAUGAUUUUUAUGGUUUUUCUUCAUCUUAACCGCUUCAUUCCUGAAAUCAUAACUCUGCAAAAUAUGGAACUACUAUAAAGAGGCUAAUGGUCCAUUUUUUUUCUAAUUUGAUUUAUCCAGUAAAUGUGAAAUACACAGUAAAAUCUAUUUUUAUUAA